AUGGAUGCGGCCGGUUCUGCCGUCGGUUCGUCUAGGUUUCAGUAUGCCUUCACAGAAUUGUAUAGUCUCUCGGAGGGUCAGCACAAUAUUAUUGCUGUUGUUAAAUUUUUCAAGCCUCCCCAGAAAACCGCGGGGAGUGGAUUUUCAAUGUUCGCCUCGGUUAGUGACCCAUCUCUAAAAGGUGAAAAAUUCGGCAUUACCUUUAUUCAAUCUCCAGGAGAUGUUGUCAUAAUUCAUCGGGUGAAAGUUUCAACUUUUCGUGGCAAAUUACAAGGAUAUUCCAGUGAAUAUUCUGGUUCUGCAGCUGUUGUUUUUCCAGGAGAUGAUUCAAACCCACCCUCUCCGUAUGAUAGUAUUUGCAAAUGCAGUUUUUCAGACGAAGAUCUUUCAAGAGUAACCGAAUUAAAGAACUGGUAUAAUUCACCGGAAUGUCCCAUUGAGAAAGAAAUUUUACCUAUUCCUCCCAAAUCGACUACAAACGUGGAUAUACACAAUCUCACACGAUUUCAUGACAUGAGCCCUAACGCAUUUUUUAAUACGGUUGCUGAAGUUGUUGGGGUCUAUACCUAUCCAGAGGAUAAAACAACAGAUAUCAUUCUAUGUCUCUGGGAUGGGGAACCUUCGACAGACAGUCAAAACCUUCCGUUUUUUAACCAUCUCGACUUAGAGCGACCACCUUCGAUGGAUAGAAUGACAGUGGAUCCCCAUUUGGUUUGUGUCACCGGUCAUUCCCUUCAUCCACCGGAAUCCGAUUGGUCUGUGUGCGUCUUUGUCUUCGAUGAACACGCAAUUGCUGCGAGAAAUCUCAAACCUGGGGAUUUGGUUCGGUUGCAUAAUGUGCACUGUGUACUCAAAUAUAACCCGAGUCGACGGAAGGUAGAUAUGCAUGGAGGUGGAAAGAACUACGGUAGAAGAAUCGAAGUUUUAACGCGUGAGGAUGUAUCGAAGGAAUUCUUGAAGAGGCUUGAGCACGGCAGGCUUAAAAGACAAUCAAUUUACUCUUGUUCUUCAAAUCCCGCAGAAAUUAUUACAUUACCGGUGACCAAAAUCUCCGAAAUUCCUCUGUCCCCCUCUCAUUCAACUUCAUCCGAAGAACCCUCUACUCUCCGUGUGCGAGUAUGUGGUCGAAUCAUCGAUGUUGGCCCAUCCAAACCCGAAAAUAUAUUUCAGCACCUUCUCCUCAAGUGUGGAAACUGUAGCAGAAGCAAACUUUUAACUUCAUCUGGUGACUGCCAGGAUUGUGAAUGUGGAGCACUUUCUAAUCCCAGUGUUAUGCCCUUUUUCUUUAUCUCGCUUCAAGAUGUUUCCAAACGACUUCGUGUAGUGGUUACAACCUCCGCGAUUAGGACUCUUCUUGGCAGUAAAUUUGAUGAUUUCUACUCCGGUUUAAAGGCUAUUCCAAACGAGGUGGAUGAAGGUAUGCGGUCUCGAAACGCCGCGAAAACCUUGGAGAUUUGGACUGCUUGUGUUGUGGGUGGCUGGAUCGAUGCUGUUCUGACUAUUCAACCAAAUAAUAAUGCCGAUCUUCCGAUCUUGGUCGUCUUUGAUGGUUAA